CUUCAUCCAACACACACACACGCACGCAAAGAAGUCGCCGAGCCGUUGGCUGUCGGUGUGUCUCUCGAAGGAUACAUACAUAGGUUAUCCAUCCCAUCUAUCGUGAGUGAGUGAGUCUCACAUCUCCAUCAACGCAAAAAUAGCAAACAGACCCCUCACUCACGGCACAUACCCGACUGCAACUCAUCGCAUCCAUGUCCUAUCCUGCAGGCGCACGUACUACCACGCCAUCAGAAUGCCCUAUGUCUUGGACUUUGUCUUGUGUGUCCCACGAUGGAUGUUAGUCGCCUCUGUGAUGCCUCCUGUCCGGCCGCUCUGAAGGACGACUCUCCUGGCUUCUCACUGUGCUCAGCCGCGAGGCCAAGGCACGGAGCUCCGCUUGCGCCUCACGAUGCUCGUCGGCAGCUGAGACACACAACAUACACACACACACACACACACACAAAGACUCAUCUGACUUCUUCGGGCUGUUCGUGUCUCUGUUGCUUACCGGCCAUGUCAGCCGUCUUUGCCUCCAGCAGCUGGUAUAUGCGGCGAAGGAGAGCAUCGCCAGCCGCGUUGAAGGUGGAGGCCGAGUACAUGCAGCUCUGCGAUAUGAUGUAAAAGCCCGGCGAGGGAAUCAGAUAAGCGCCGCUGCCAUCUGGAGAGGGAAACACAGAGACACACAUGUAACCCGCCAGUGUCAUGACACUGUGUGCCAGUCGUGUCUUGCCUUGAGGAUGAUCCCAGGCGGCUCUUUGUCGAUUGCCAUCAUUGAACAGAACACGCAGAUUCUGACAGGGCAGACCACACGAUGACCGACACAAGGUGCCGACUGUGUUCUGCAUCUUCUGACCUCGUGCCAGGCCAUCGAGACGUGAAAGAGGUCUCCCCCGCCCUCUGGAACGCCCUCACACCUCACACCGGGGGAAAGAGUCCACUUCUCCUCCCUCACUCCGCUGUCGGAAAUCUCGUCUGCUCGUCGAUAGUGGCAGCGGGGAUACAUCCAGCUGGUCGUGUACAGGAUGUGGGCCCUCUUCGCUGUUUUUGCCUCCUUGUCGAGCAGCGACAGAAUGUCUGAAGGAGACAGGGAGGAUUUUGCAGCCGACUGUUUUUUUCAUUUUUGGUCGUUUCUCACCGAGACAGGCCUCACGAGCGAUCAUAUCCUCGCACCAGAGUGUGUGGACAACGCCUUCAUUCAACAGAUGGACGCCCUCCUGCUCGAUGGAAUAGUAGCCCCCUGACGCGCCAAACAGACCGAGACACAGAGACUGAUGUUCUCUUCUUUGCUUGAUGGCUGGAUGAGUGGCGCUGGCCUUACGUCUUCCGUCAGUGCCGACGGGCGCAUCCAACACUUUCUCCCUGCCACCCUCGGUGAUGCCCAUCACGAAGCACAUUGACUGAAAGAGAAGGCAGGCAGCCCGACAACAAUUCGUGCCCGGCUGUCGGCCUUGAUGUGUCUCGGCUCACCUUCUGCUCGAUGUGAGCAUACCACAGCUCAUUCGUUAGCUGGAGACACUCCUUGCUGUCCAGACGAUGCUUUGACGGAUCCGAUCCUAUAAAGCCGACGACAUACUCACACUUCAGUUGUAUCUGCUCGCUAUUGCCGCUGCUGCUGCUGUUGUUGCUGCUGCUAGCGCUGCUGGCGCUGCUGCUGCUAUUGCCGCUGCUGCUGGCGCUGCUGGCGCUGUUGCCGCUAUUGACGCUGCUGCUGGCGCUGCUGGCGCUGCUGGCGCUGCUGGUGCUGCUGCCGCUGUAGCUUGACUUGAGUUUGUAGUAGAGGUGCAGCCCCGGCUGAUGGAGGUCUCUUGUAUCGUGAUCCUGCAACAUCACGACAACUGACACAAACGUGUCUUUUCCUUCGUACUGUAUUUCUAACCUGAUGCCACGGGGCGGCCGAGUCGAACGUCGCUUGCUGUGCUUCCGCUUGCUGUGCUUCGGCAGUUCUCGAUGCGGUGGGCUGGUCGGGUGAGUUGACCGGCCGGAGACGGAUGAGCUGAUUGGGCUUGACCAGGGAACGUAUCCGGGCCCAUAUGUCCUCCGGGGAGAUGUCGGACAGCCUUCUGACAGCCUUCCGCAACUCCUUGAUCUUCACGAGAAGUGGUUCGAUCUUCGCACUUGACGUCGCUCUCGCCACGCUGAACAGCAAGAGUCGAGUCUAUCAGGUGCAUUUUUCGUGGCUUUUCUGUUACACUCACGUGUCGGUUGCCCUGGCCGUUGAGUGUGAAGGCGAGCUGGGUGGUGGGGAGCUGGGCGGCAGGCUCGGUCGCUCGGUCGCCCUGGUCCUGCAGCCAGCCACAUCAACAAGCAGAGAGACCCCAUGACACGAUUCUCACCCAUACCCUUGAAUUGGCUUACGUGUCGCUGGCCAUCGGUGAGACCGCUGCGCUGGGCCUUGCGAAGGGGCCAGCUACAACAACCACACGACAAGACAGACACAGAUGAUCAAUCACUUUAUCGCAUUUGUGCCGCACCUGAGGCCUCUCUCAACGCGGCGCUCAGGCCAGGAACAACAAACUGGAGAAGGUCCUGCCGAUAAUGACGAAGAGACUCCGGCCGCAGGAGUUCUCCGUCAACCAGCAAGUACAGGCCUGCGCCUCGGAGAAUGUAGUUGCCACCUGCAGACAUACGCAAAACACACCACAGUGACAAGCAGAGAAGGAUAUCCAGGCCGUGUGGUUCUUCCUUCACCUCCUGGAGCGUGAUCCCAAGAGCCGCUCCCGUUAUUUAGGACGAACUCGAGACCCUGAGUAUUGAUUGGCAAACAUGUUUGCACAUUUCACCCACGAAAGACGAGUCACUGCGUGGAUCCCUGUGCGGUGUGCAGCUUACGCUAUGGAAUGGCAUUUGCGCAUGCCAUACACAGCGGUCGUCGGAAAACGUAUUGCACACGAUGCCUGGAGGGUCUGUCCAGCGGCCGUCGGCGGGCUUUUGGAAGUGGAUGCGGGGCGACGUCCAGCCGGUGAAGUAGAGAAGGUGCGCCUCUGCUACGCCGCGCGCCGCCUUGUCGAGGAUACACAGCCGGUCUGACGAACAAACAGCUUGUGAAAAACCGUGUGUCUCUCAUCGAUCAGCUUCUUACCGACAUAAUCCACAUUACACCUCAGGACGUCCAGGCGUCCGUCUUGGAGAAGACACACGCCUUCCGCUGGGGCGCUGUAAUUGGGUUCUGAGAGUAGCACAGCAGAGGCGCAAGCAAUUUGGAUGACGGCGUCUGUCGUUCUGAAGCGCUCACUUCCUGUGAGUGACGGAGGAUUGUCCCACUCAGUGUGACUUGCGUCACACAUGACAAAGUCGGCGGCCUGCAUGCACCAAGGCAUCCUCUUACAUUGACUUUCCUGCCUUUGCCUCCCACGCCCCUGCUUACCUGGUGCUGAAUGUGCAGAUACCACAGCCCUCCCUCAAGCGACACGCACUCACGGUCAGCCCACUCGGCCGACCCCUGCCGGCUGUAGUGGCAUACUGGGCAGUGCCAGCCCGACCGGUACAGCUGAGAAGAUCAACACACAGCACACAACAGACACAAGGUCAGACGUCUUAGUGCCUGUCAGAAGCUGUCUCCCCAUCUCUGCCCGUGAGGGUACUGACGAUGUGGAUGCCGGGCCUCCUGAUAUCCACCUGGACGCACAGAACACAGCACGUGGGAGUCGUGUCGCCGUACCCCCAUGCAUCCCAAUAGUCACCUCGUUACGGCUGAUGUUGACGCCUUGCCACACGUCGUGUGGCAGCAGGGAGCCGAGCUGCGCCAACUUGAGGGCGGUGGGGCUUUCCAGAGAGAGCUUGGUCCGGUCGAUGAGGUCCUUGAAACUCGUCAUCGGGGAAGGGAGAAUCAUUCAA